CUCUGGCUGUACAUUUCCAGGAUUACGGUACUACAAUAGAGCUGAAGCGUAGCUCGUAUGAAUGCCGAAGUUCUACGUAUGCAACGAGUUCAGGACCAUGCCCGGACGCUCCACAAAUCGAAAGCUGUCUGCUUAUCUGACAAGAUAUUUUUGAUAUACGACUCCUUGCAAGUUGCAUUCAGGUCAUCUUGGAGAAAGUGAGCUGCUGAGCACCAAGCUGGAGGGCAAGCUCUGGACGGUGAGCCUGCAUUCAAGGGACGAAUCACAGGAUACGAAGGGAGGCAGCCGGAUUUGCUGACAUACAUUUCAGGACCUUGCCUGGCGUGACAAGGAUAAAGCACGAUGGCAAGCGCGCCUGAUCUUGCUGAUGUGCCGGCGGACACGCUCUUCAAAGAAGUGCUUCGGAGGUUGAAGUGUUCUGUGAAGCCCGAGAAGCGCAUCAUUCUGGUUGGCCCCCCCGGGUGCGGCAAGGGCACCCAGUCCCCCAUCAUCAAGGAGGAGCACUGCCUGUGCCACCUGGCGACCGGGGACAUGCUGCGAGCGGCGGUGAAGGCGCAGACGCCCCUGGGGAAGCAGGCCAAGGAAGCGAUGGACGCGGGGAAGCUGGUGUCGGACGACUUGGUGGUUGGGAUCAUUGAGGAGGCGAUCAAGCGGCCGUCGUGCUCAAAGGGCUUCAUCCUGGAUGGGUUCCCCAGGACAGUGGUGCAAGCGGAGAAGCUGGACGCGAUGUUGGCCAAGGACGCUGCCAAGGUGGACAAGGUGCUCGACUUCGAGGUGCCGGACCAGGUGUUGGUGGAGCGGGUUACCGGGCGCUGGAUCCACCCCGACAGCGGGCGGUCGUACCACACCAAGUUCGCGCCCCCGAAGGUGCCCGGCAAGGAUGACAUUACUGGGGAGCCCCUGAUUCAGCGGAAGGACGACAACGCGGAGACGCUCAAGAGCAGACUGGAGGCCUUUCAUAAACAGACGCAACCGGUUAUUGACUACUAUGCGAACAAGGGCGUUGUUUCGAAGUUGCACGCCGAAAAGCCCCCACCAGACGUCACCUCGGAAAUUCAGAAGGCCCUUGGCUCCUAACGAGUUUGUCGAUCCAAGAAUAACGAGAGCGAAGGCGAGAAGUUGGGAAGAGGUUAGCAGGGCUAACAACCAAUCCGCGAAACAUCGAUAAUCGAAUAGCGCUCCCUUAUUGAUGAGAUUUUGACUUCGAGAAGAGGAUAAAGAGAGUAUUAGACAUCUGAUUACCUGAGACUGCAAUGCUUCUUUUGGAUCGAGUGCACUUCGAUCUGGAGCCAAAUGACGAACAGUUUUUGGUGCAAAUAGUACAAAGUGCAAACUCACAGCCCUGUUGUUAUCGUCACACUGUGACACUGAGGCUAAAGUGCUGUAUGUUGCUAUUUUGGCGCUCUCAGGCUCAAUAGUGAACUCCGUGUCUGAUGGCUGACUGAUAAUCGAG